UGUGCAUUCUAAGAUGUUUAUCAAGAGUGGUAAUUUUCAUUACCUCAGACUUGCUGUCAACUUGAACCUGUCUGGCCAUUCUCCUAUGACCUCUUAUCUGCAGAAUUGGUAAGUUACAGGAUGGGUUUUGUUUUGUUUUGGGUUUUUUUUUGGGGGGGGGCACUAUUCUGUGUAAACUGUUGUGUGUGAAAAUCCUUGGGGACCAACAACCAUCGUUCUAUGGCCAAAAUCACUGGUCCUUUAAUCCCAGCAAAGGGAAAUCUUAAACGCUACGGCAUACAAAGACAUGCCAUACAACUGAGUGCUUCCGACUUUGUAGCUUUGUAACACUUUGGGGAAAAGCCCACAUAUACUGUAGGUGUGAUGGUCAGGUGUCCGUUUAAGCGCGACGAACGAUUUACGACAGCGGCCGACGUGUUUACGACAGAGUUUCCACGGAGACGUCAGUAGAUAAACCUUUAUUACGUCGCGGUUGGCGCGAGGACCUUCAGGGGUGCGCGCGCAAGAGAGAAUGGGUGAAAGGUAGAAGGCAAGCAUGAGAGAGAAGAGUAGUGAAACAUCGGUGAGAUGUUUGGGAAGGUGGUGUGAUGGAAGGUUCUGGAAAGGAGAGGGAAGUUUGUGAUGGACGGUCCUUCCCAUGGCUCACUCACACAGACAACAGGUUUUGGAAACUUACCGACUGCUUCUCUUCCCUCCAGAAAACUGCCCCGUCUACACCACACCAGAACAGUUACAUGGAAGUCCGUAAGCCAGUGUUGGAGCUGAAGGAUGUCCCUCCCCCUCCACUCCACAGUGCAUCUCAGCAGCCUCUUGCUCUGGCCCCCCAGCCUGCACCUCCUCCCUGCCAGCUCCCUGCUUCAGACCCUCAACUCCCCCAGCAGACCGUUCCUCAGUUGCAGCCUGGAAGCUCUAAAGUAAGCUUGUGUUCCUGCUGUGAAUGCAGCCUGCACGUCCAGCAGCACUCUGGCUCGCUUGAAGCCAGGGCCCACAGUUUUGGUGGUGGCUGUAGCGUUAGCAGCAACACUAAUGCUAGCACUGGUGGUGGCCUUCCUGCACUUUUUUCCCCUGCACAGCUGCAGACCCCACAGAGUUUUGGGUUCCGGGUGGCCUCAGUAGCCACGUCUCAGCCCAUGGCAGCUCACACACACCCAUCCUGCUGCGGGCACCUCCACACUUGUUCCUCUGUUGGGUGUCUGCAGCCAAAACACGUGUCUGGGUCUGCACCCAUCCACGGGCCCUGCGUGGCCUUAUCCGGGCGCUGCCACUGUAGCGAGGAGCAUCGGGUGGAGCAGCACUACCAUUCACUCGGUGAUGCACCCUCCUCUACUCACCUCUGCACUAACCCUUUGUACCUCGAGCACAACUCAGGCUGUCAGAAGGGAGCACACUACUGCCAUCAGUGUUUAAGAAAGCCCACGCAGGGUUUGGGUGCUGCUGACUCGGAGAAGGUUUGGCCGAACAUCCCGCCUCCUCAGCCCUGCUCUGCAACUCUACCUAUGUGUAAUGGCUGCAGAGUUCCUGGAACCUCCAACGAUGGCAUUCUGCACCCCACCAGCGUUGGCAAAAUCACCCAGAAAUAUGGGUCGAUUGAGGGCGGUGGGCAGGAGUCUCUGCCCCCAGUGGGUGUGUUUUGGGACAUAGAGAACUGCGCUGUACCCAGCGGGCGUUCAGCUGCCACAGUGGUCCAGAGACUCCGUGAGCGCUUCUUCCAGGGACACCGCGAAGCCGAGUUCAUCUGCGUAUGCGAUAUCAGCAAGGAGAACAAGGCUGUCAUUCAGGAGCUCAACAACUGCCAGGUCACUGUUGCUCACAUAAACGCCACAGCCAAAAACGCUGCUGAUGACAAACUCCGGCAGAGUCUGAGGCGCUUUGCUGAAACACACACCGCUCCUGCCACAGUCAUUGUAGUUUCUUCUGAUGUAAACUUUGCCAGCGAACUGAGUGACCUACGUCAUCGCCAUGGCUUCAAGGUCAUUCUGGUGCACAAGACUCAAGCCUCACCUGCUCUGCUGCAGCACGCACACCUGCACGUCCUGUUUGAGGACUUUGUCUCGGAAUUGCCUCCCAGGAUGCUAAUCAAAUCACAGCCCUGUUUCAACCUCCUCUUUGUGCACAACCUCCCCACGCACCGCGACGCCAAGUCCGUCAGUAGCAGGCUUCAGCGCCUGUCCAAUAACUGUGGUGGGAAAGUGCUGGGCGUGUCUGGUGGCACCGCUGUGCUCAGAUUUGCCAGUGCAGAGGCAGCUGAGCGUGCCCGCAAGCGCAUGGAGAACGAGGACGUCCUAGGGAACCGCAUCUCUGUGUCAUUUUCCCCUGACGGGUUACAGGAGGAGGAGGAGGCGGAGCGGUCUCGGCCUGUUGCCUCUUCCUCCUUUUCUAGUGCCCUGUUCCUCCCCGUGGAGAAGCCGCGGUCACCACGCCGCCCCAGGCGGGCAAUGCGAGCCUCUCAGAGCGGCAAAGAUGCUGGGGUAAAUGUUCCAGAAAGACCCUACAGCCCUAGGAAAGUGGGGCAUGCUUCUUCCUGCAGCCCAGUGUUGAAGUCCCUUUCCCAGGACGCGAGUGGUAUGGAGUCUAAGCCCAGGACAGGUUUCCCGCUGGAGAAGGUCCGUGCUGCAUCUGCGUCUCCUCAGAGCAACGGCCUCACCUCUCAGCUGCAGCCUGCUAAACCAGCCUUCCCUGCAGAGCUCCUGCAACGAGGCCGCAGGAGAGACACGUGCAGCGUGCGCAGCACUACAGAUUCUCCGGCCGAGUCAUUUCAGGUGAGCACUCCAUCAGCUUUCAGCAAACUCAACCUGCACACUUCCUUCAGCCCGCUGAUGUUCUCCCAGGGAUCCUGUUCCUCAAGGAGUGCGUCUCCAUGUCUGUCUAAUCGUUCGUCGCCGCUCAGUGUUCCUUCUCGUAGCCCAUGUCCUGACUCUCAGCCUGAGCCCUUCUCAGACGGUGCAGAUAUCCAGGUAGCCAACCUCGACUACAGGAUGUCCAGGAAAGAGCUGCAGCAGAUCCUGCUCGACACCUUCGCCAAGCACGGCAGGGUGAAAAGUGUUGAGCUCAGUCCUCACACAGACUACCAGCUGAAAGCUAAGGUACAGAUGGGUUCUCUGCAGCAGGCUAUAGGAGCCGUCAGCAUUCUUCACCGCUACAAGAUCGGCAGUAAACGCGUUCAUGUCUCCCUCAUCACCGGCGCAAAUAACAAGUCCCUAACCUGCCUGAGCUCUGAGAUCAUCAGUAUUCUUCAAGAUUCUCCAGCGAACUGCCUUCCACUUUUCAAAUUCACUGAAAUUUAUGAGAAAAAGUUUGGCCGUAAACUGGUGGCGAGCGACCUUUACAGAUUGCCGGAGGUAGUGGCUGUGCGUGAACAAGGUGCAGGACGCUUGGUGUGUCUUCUCUCCAACAGCCUAGUCAGACAUAGUCCCCUGGGCUCCUCCCAGUCCCAUGAUGGCUCCUCCACCAGUGGCAGUCCUGUGGUGUUCGAGGAGCUCGAGUACCACGAGCCUGUCUGCAAACGUCACUACACACAGCAAGAUUUCAGUGAGGCAGAUUAUGACCCUGACACAUACAAGAUCCCGUUUGUUGUGGUGUCUCUGAAAGCCUUGUCUGCUCAUGUGCACAGUCUACUGCAGUCUCAUGAGGGUACCAUCCCCUUGCUCAGCUUGCCAGAAUGCUACGCAUCAGAGUUCAGUCCGUUGACCAUGGAAGAAGAAGGGAAGUUGGAGGGUAGUGUUCCACUGGAACACCUCAUUACCUGUAUACCAGGCAUCACCAUUGUAACUGCACAGAACGGCUUCAAGGUCAUCAAAUGGAUCCACAACAAACCUCCGCCACCUAAUGCAGACCCAUGGCUACAGCGCUGUAAGAGCCCGGUAGGAAAUCCACAACUGAUCCAGUUCAGUCGAGAAAUCAUAGACCUGAUGAAAAACCAGCCCUGCUGCCUGAUGCCAAUCACUAAAUUCGUCCCAGCCUACCACCAUCACUUUGCCAAACAGUGCCGAGUCUCUGAUUAUGGCUACUCCAAACUGCUGGAGCUGCUGGAGGCUGUACCGCACGUACUGCAGAUAUUGGGCCUCGGCUCUAAGCGGUUGCUGACCCUCACGCACAGGGCACAGGUGAAGCGUUUCACUCAGGACCUGCUCAAACUGCUCAAGUUUCAGGCGAGCAAGCAGGUCAUCAUCAGGGACUUCAUGCAGGCCUACCACUGGUGUUUCUCCAGAGACUGGCACGUUGUUGAGUACGGAAUGUGUGACUUGAUGGAUCUGCUGACUGAGAUUCCUGACACGACCAUCACCAUCACACAGCAGGAUUCUGACACGGUCAUAUCCGUACCUAAGAGAGAGCGGACCACAGAGGAGAUGGAGCGCACCAGACAGUUUGGGAAGGAGGUGGUGGAUCUGCUGCGGCACCAACCGCACUUCCGCAUGCCCUUCAGCAAGUUCAUCCCCACUUAUCACCACCACUUUGGCCGCCAGUGCAAGCUCACCUACUACGGGUUCUCCAAGCUCGUGGAGCUGUUUGAAGCCAUUCCUGAUGUCCUUCAGGUGCUAGAAUGUGGUGAGGAGAAGGUACUAGCUCUGACUGAGGUGGAGCGGGUAAAGGCUCUGGCAGCUCAGCUGGUGAAGCUCUUGCGUGCUCAGAGAGACUGCGCCCUACCUGUUAGCCAGCUCCUGGCUGAGUACAGCAAGACCUUCGGUUACGGCCUCCGCCUGCAAGAUUACGAUGCCAGUACGCUGCCUGCCCUUCUCGCCAAACUCUGCCAUGUGGUCAAGGUAGUGGAUGGUGCUGAAGAAAAAGCGGUCCAACUUAUCAACAGAAAAUCACUACGUGCUCUUACGUCCCAGUUGCUGGCUGUAAUGAUGUCACUUCCUGAUGCGCACAACUGGCUGGGAGUGGAGGCGCUGCAGAAGCAGUACGAGUCGAUGUACGACCAGCAACUCAACCCCUGCGAGUACGGCUUCGUCUCGCUUACCGAGCUGCUCAAGAGCCUGCCUUACCUAGUGGAGUUGUUUGAGGAGGGGGAGGAUGAUGAGGCCAAAGAUCGAGUAAGGUUAACUCAGCUGUACCAGUUUGCCCGAAAAGUUCGAGCCCUCCUGCAUACCUACCACUAUAACCAGAUCUUCCUGACCGAGUUUCGGGGUGCCUUCAGCAAGUACACGGGCCACGAGUUCCAGCCUCAUGACUAUGGAUACAGCACUCUGGAUGAACUCCUGGCUGCCAUACCACAAGUAGUCUGGAUCAAAGGCCAUGGACACAAGAAGAUUAUAGUCCUGAGGAAUGAUAUGAAAGCCCGCAGCAGCCCUGCCAGCACAGAGAGCCCUCAGCUUGAGGAGGCCCGAGAGAGCCAGAGCCCUGCCAGCACACACAGCCCAGUGUCAGGUGGCAGUACUGGUGAGGCAGAGCUGCUGUGUAUGAGCUCCGGUUCUCCCGUGGACCUGCUAUGUGGGCCGGUUCCCUCCUGCCUGCCUUCCCCUCAGCUACAUCCCGACCCGGUUCUGCUCCAGCACAGAGACCUCAUCCGCUUCGACGAGCACUCGCACAGCCAGCCUGCAGGAGGCACCAGAGAGGAUCAGCCCGUCCACGACCGCCAGCCUCGAGCAGCUCUGACGGCCACUGAACGCUGCACAGCUUCAAAUGAAGAGAACGAAACUGAGGGAACCUCGGUGUCUGUUGUAGGUGAAGAUCCCACCAACAGUGAUGAAAAGAACUCAGAAUGUCAGAGUGGGAAUACUAAAUCUAGUGAUACACCCUCGCAACCUCCCAACCUCAAACCCUCGGCCACGGAAAGCCCCAGCAAAAGAACCUUCCGGAAUAAAAUAAAACUCGCAGCUAAUUUUUCCUUCUCCACAAACCCCUCAGUCUAAACUUGCUUGUUAAUCAGAUCAAGCUCUGGUGAAGUCACAGUGUUUUAUUUUAUUUAUAUUUUUUUUGCUUGCUCAAAAAAAAAAAAAAAAAAAAAAACCUUGAAAAGGGCUUUAUAAUCAUCCAGUGAAAUAACUCCGUCUAACUCUGCGGAGCUGUGGCCGUGAAGGAUUUGAUCUGACAUAACAGUAGCCUGAAGGUUUCAUGCCUCUCCCUGUGCUUCUUCUGCUUCUGUCUCUUAAAAUGUUCAACGCACUUGCUCAUCAUUAGUUGGCGAUUUUUUUUUUUUUUUUUUUUUUUUUUAAAUGUUUGCAGCCAUUUUGUUUAGUUUACGACCCCGAUUUCCAUGUUUGUUUCAAUUCUGCGUAUUUCAAUAUUCUGAGUUUCAGCAGAACAUAAAAAUCAUGUCUUGUAGAAUAUGUUUAAAGGAAACAUGAGUUUAUAUGAAACGAAACCGUGCCUCCAAGUUAGCUGUAACUAAGGCAGCUUCCGUCCUUUCACAAUCUUAUUUCCUCUCGUUCGAUGCUGUUUUGGGAAUCAUGGUUUUCGCCAAACGAAAUUAGUAGACGCGUUUUGAAGUCCUCCGACCGAGCCUGCUCUUUCUGCACACUGUGUUAUAACAAACGCAAAGGAGACGUCGUCAUCUAUUUUAUACACAGGAUCAUUGAAAAAAAUAUAAUAUUAAGUUAUUGAAGAAGGGGAUUGAUUAUGUUAAUUGUAAUAAUCUUGAGCCCAAAACGAUGCAAAUUCCUUUGUAUUGAUGGGAUUUCUGUAGUUAUUCUUGUACUCCAGAACUCUUUAGAGUUUAGGAUCUAAAGUUGUGUUUUUUUUUUUGUUUUUUUUUUUUCUGUAAGGUUUUGAGGAGAUUUCUGGUCUGUGCUUUAGUGCACACGUUUAAUAGCCUGAGUUGUAACGGCAAUUUUGUUCAACAUCUUAACAGUGCAGUCGGUUUCACUUCUUCGAAGGAGAUCAGAAGACGAGCAGGUGGCAGUUUGGAAGUUUGAGUCAGGUACCCAGACACGCACGCCAGGAUAAAGUCGAGGUUGUGUUACGGAGCUCUUCGCUAGCUUGAAGCGCGCCAUUCGACAGUUUGAAUGUCGACAGUGAAAGUUGAGUUGGCGCGUGAAAAAACUCCGCCGUCCUGCGGCUGGAGUUCAAGCAAAAGCUCCAUUUCGGUUUUAGCCAUGUACGCAGCUUGUGUUUUUUUAUUUCGAUUGUUGUUGGGUUUUUUUUUUGUUUUUGUUUCUGUGUGUACACGUGUAUGGAAUGUUAUAUGCACAUAGUGCAUAGAUAAUUUCCUGUGUGAUUAUGGUACGAUAUUUAUAGAAGCAGUAGAGUUUUAAUCCGUUUGCUUCCUGCAUUUUCACGGCGGUUCAUGAUGGCAAGAGCCAAGGUUGUUUUCUUUAACCUUGAUCAGUUUCUUUGGAUCUGUUGACAGUCUGCUUAUUCUUAAUGCAAGACUUCAGCAUGUCUAAUUUAUUAGGUGGGUUUUAAGGCACCGGAGUAUGUCAAGGAUGGGGAACUGCUGUGAGUGAAACACCGUGGUAUCAGGGGGACGCACACAGGCCCUCUGAUAUUUUUUGUAUUUUUAUUUUUUCUCUCUGUGGACCGAGCCUGGCUUUUUACAAUGGUUUGUAUCAGCCUUGGCACCAUGGGAGACGGAGAGAGAGAGAGAGAGCCGCUAGAGCGUUCCCUCCUGCACUCCCUUAGCAUGUUGUUGUUUGUAGAUUUAUUUUCUGUUGUCUUGUUUAGUGGGUUUCUUGGGACCGAAGACUUAUCCUGCAUCCGUUUGUGCUGUCUGGGUUAUUCCAGGACAAAAAAAACAAAAAAAAAACCCUAGACUGAUCACCUGACAAGCUGCCUUUAGGAUCUGUGUUUGCACCACGUUUUGGGAGAAUCUCCCUGUAAAAUGGCUUCCUGUUUUUAUUGUGAAUCUAUGAGAAUGUGACUAUUUCUGGGCUCUGGCCUUAAACCUGAUGGUCAUCAGAAUGACUGCUGUUUUAGCUUAAAGAAGUCCUGCUGUAAGUUGAAUGCAGUCUAGUCCAGUUUUAGUCAAGUUUACAGCUCAUGUUCCUAAUUUCUUGACUUGAUUCGCCACAACAGAGUGGCUGCGUUACGUCCCAAAUGAUUUACUUUCAUCCCAGAUUAAAGGAGCUGGGUUUUUUUUUUUUUUCCCCAAGAUUAUCAAAGGCCUGAUAUUUAUUUCGUGGAGGGAACUGAGUCACACUGGCCGUAACGAGUCCUAAUUUUGCCGCUACGUUUUCAGUUUGCCGUUUUGGGGAGGUAAUUUACUUACAGCUAACUCGGAGGACAAAUCUCGAAAACCUUGUUUGUCACGCCACAACGACGAGCUAAUCUUGUUUGCCUAUGCACGUUUGCAUAGUUUUGAUUUUAUUAAAUAUCAUUCUGCUGGGGGUGUAAUGUUAACGAAGUCGAACGUACAUGGCAGUUAUGAGCAUUUAGUUGAGCAGCGGCUCUUUUCCAGCACGGAGUGUUUUUGGUUUACGUGGUUAGGGGUCGGUUAUGUGUUUUCUUCAUAUUGAUUUGGAGCAAGUGCAGUUAGAACAAAAGGUAUUAGACAUGCUGGAUUUAUCCAUAAUCGAGCUAACCAGUUUUUGUUAAACGUUCUCGUUAAAAAAAAAUCCAGCAAGUAAUUACGCUAAGCUGGAUGAUGCUCUUGGGUGAAACGAUGCGCAGAUUCAAGACGACUGUACAGUUAUUCUCUCAUCAGAAGCAGAACGUUGUCACAAAUGUUAACCUGAAACUCUGUGUCGUGCCUCGUUUCGGUUCUUGCUGAUGUACUUGAGUUGCAUGUUCUUUAAUGUAUUGUGCCUUCUGCCUCUGCUCACUCGGUCACUCUUACCCCCAUCAUUAAGCCAUUAUAACAUUUCACUUUUUUGUGAAGUGCCCAGAAUAUUUCUGUUUAAUAAAUUUCACAAGCAUCAGUUUCGACUCUGACGUUUUACUUUAUUAAACCUGGAGGGUGUGAAAAAUUCCCACCCAAUGUUACGGUUUUAGACGUAUAACUGUGUUAACACUCCUUUGCAACCCCAUAUGAACAUCAAAAAACUCAGAUAAUUAACUCACUUGUCAGUUAAAUUGGCAGAUGUGCUUAUAUGGAUACAUCAAAUCCAAACUUUCUUUAGAAUUAGAGUUUUGUUUUAUGCGAGCUAGCUUGUUUAGAGAUAUUCUUCAACAUUUGCAAGAGAUGGAUAGAUAGAUAUUGUGUAUAUAUCAUCAGUAUGCACUGUUUACAUGCUCAGUUAUUUGCCACAGUACUAGCAUGUUUUAUUGGAUGUGAACGCAUAAUAAAUGUUUAUAAUAAAUGUUCAUUCUAGUAACAUGCUCCCUUUCUAUUGGUACCCAAAAAUGCUUUCAAGACUCAAAUAAUAUCCAGAAAGAUGCUUUUAUUGGAACACGUAUUUACAAAUCACGUUUAAGCGCUUGUAUUUAUUCACGCUUUACAUAAAGACCUUCAUGAUGAACCGCUGCAAAUCUCAGGAAUGUGUUCUAGUUUUGUGUUUUCUAACGUAACGUUCCUGAAAUUUGCGGGUUUGAUCUUUUGUGAUGGAAACGCUCACAACACUACACGUGUAAGAUGAGUACAGUAACAACAACAUGAAGAUCUCGCAGGCAAGAAAAUAACACGGACACCGUGUGUUCACGUGAAAAAGUGUCGCGUUCACGGGCAAGGAAACGAAAUCGGACAUGGUUGUUGCUUGGGUCCAUUCAAGUUUGAACAUUUGUAAAGAAUCACAGCGGUCACAGGAGAGAAAAUGGAAGAUUUGCGGUAGAGUUUUUCGCGUCCUGCUUGAAAGCAUGCGGCUCAUUUUCAGCAGUAAAAAAAAAAAAGUAGUACAAUGAGUGUGUUUAAUCUUUUCAGAUCAGUGGUGGAUGUUUGAUUGUGAUAUCCAAGUGCUGAACUUCAAAGGGGAAAUGCACAGUAGUGUGUGGCGUGUGUGUGUACCCGUUAUUAACUUUUAACACAAGUAAUGUCCUGUCUCAGAACCGAUAUAUAUAUAUAUUGUGCUUGUUGAGAUUUUCUAGGCAAACAUGCAAAUUAGCCCAAAUCUUGGUACUGGGGCAGUUGAUUAAAGCGUUGGACUAAAUUAUAGCAUCAUUAAGGAUUCCCUAUAGAACAUCCUUCAUAGUCUGAUCUCUCUCACUCUCUUUCGCUCAAGUUUCUCUGCACAUUCGCUUCACUGCAUCGCGCUCAUGAAUACCUUUUUGUGUGCAUACGAUUUUUAUGA